GUGGCUCCAAAUAAACCACGAAAGGAUGCGAGAAUAAGAAUAGCUUUAUAGUUAACACACACUUCGUCUUGUUGCUGAGACAAGAGUCAUAAUCUUGGCUGUAACAGGUUGAACACUGCAUCGCAAAUUCUGAAUGGAAAUGUGUGGAGCCACAGCUCUGACAUGGUCUCACACCAUCUGUCCAUCGCUUCACCUUCCUCGAUCCGUCUCUACCAGGGAGGCUAGGAGGAGCUUCAGUGUUUGGUGUGUCUCUGAUCAAGACCCCAAGGGAAAUAAAAUGAUCAUAUCUGUAACUGGAGCAACAGGUUUUAUUGGUAGAAGGUUGGUGCAAAGAUUACAUGCAGACAAUCACAGUGUUCAUGUCUUGACACGAUCCAAAUCUAACGCAGAAACAAUUUUUCCGGCAAAAGACUUUCCUGGAAUCAAGAUAGCAGAAGAGCCGGAAUGGAAAGAUAGCAUUCAGGGCUCAACGGGGGUUGUGAAUUUGGCUGGACUGCCCAUAAGUACCCGAUGGUCUCCUGAGAUAAAAAAGGAAAUCAAGCAAAGCAGGAUUCGAGUGACCUCAAAGGUUGUAGAAUUGAUAAACAGUGCACCAGACGAUAUUCGACCUAAAGUUUUUGUUAGUGCUACAGCUGUUGGUUAUUAUGGCACCAGUGAGACACAAGUCUUUGAUGAACAAAGUCCAUCAGGAAAGGAUUACUUGGCUGAGGUUUGUAGGGAAUGGGAAUCGACAGCCCUAAAGGUAAACGGAGGUGUUAGAGUGGCUCUAAUUCGCAUUGGUGUUGUUCUUGGUAAAGAUGGUGGAGCAUUAGCUAAAAUGAUACCUAUGUUCAAGUUGUUUGCUGGUGGACCUCUAGGCUCUGGAACACAAUGGUUCUCCUGGAUUCAUUUGGAAGACAUUGUCAAUUUAAUAUAUGAAACGCUGUCAAAUCCAUCUUACAAAGGUGUUAUCAAUGGAACUGCACCAAAUCCUGUGCGAUUGGCAGAAUUGUGUGAUCAGCUGGGACAUGCCUUGGGUCGUCCCUCAUGGCUACCAGUACCAGACUUUGCGCUCAAGGCUGUCCUUGGAGAAGGUGCUACUGUGGUUUUAGAAGGGCAGAAAGUGCUUCCUACUCAAGCUAAGAAGUUGGGUUUCCCAUUCAAAUAUUCUUACGUGAAGGAUGCCCUGCAAGCAAUUCUUUCUUGAAAGCUGCAUAGCAGCUACUGCCACAUUCUUAAUUCUUUUGACAUCAGUGGCAUUCACCGUAUUGAGAUUUUUGAAAGCGAUAGAUAUACUUCUGAAGAUGUGAUUGAAUUGUAAUCUAUUUUAUUUUUGGUCAUGUGAAUUCAAAAACGUAACUAUUAACUAACAUGAUACCGUGUGUUUUAUAGCAUAUUAACAUUGGCACGAGAUCAUCUUGAUCUUCCACAAAGGGUAAGCAGAAAAGGUGAAAACACUACCACGUUUAUUUUCCUUUUCAUUCCCAAAAUUUAUUAUAAUCAUCCUUGUCA